AGUGGCGGGCCGCCGGCCGGCGGGAGGACCAUCUGCUGUGGGCUCUGGGGACUGGCCCUCGGCGCUGCGUAGCCAGCUUGGGAGGCCGCCCAGCUGCGGCUCGGAAAAGUACCAGGAACUGGCUUCCACGGCCCGAGGCCAGCGUAGCUCCACGUUCUCAAAGGCUCAUUGUCCCCAAAAUAGGCCUGCCAGGAAGAGCCCCCCAGGUGAGGGUGUGCCGGGGGAGCUGUCGCCCAAGUGGAGGGUUGCCCCGCUGCCUUGCCUCUGCCGGCGGCCGGGGUGCCGCACGCGCGGGGUGUGGGGCCCGUUCACGGUUCUUUUAAAACGAGCCAAGAGAAAUGCUGAGUUUAAUGUCUUACCAACUUCCUACACAGAACUGUGCUGUAUUCAAGCUUUGCCAUGUUUUAUAACUGAAGCUGGAAUUUAGGAUGAAGAGUCCGUGAUGACCUUUGCAGGUUUUGGCUUGGAAGGAGGGCGGAGAAGUUCUCUCCGCUCCUGUUGGAACACUAACCGAACACUGCCCUCCAGGGCUGCGGGAAAGGGGCCGUUUUGUAAGGCAUUAGAGUGCCAGCAGAACGGAGUUUCACUAAAAGACCCAAGUUCCUUCAGCUCACUAUAUGUGUGUCCAGGCAAGGAAAGUCGGUGUGUUUCAUCCCAGGUAACAGAAGUGCCCGAAAUUCACUUUGUAGCAACAGCUUAUGAGACCUGUCAGCUCCACAGCGGUGGGGUGCUGGCCCUGUGCCUCGACUUGCACACUACGGGUCCCAAAACCUGACCAGGUUGGCUCAUCUCCCUGUUUCUCUCUGAUGAAGUAUUUAUUUCACAGAUCUGAUUGUGUGACAAAAUGAGAGUGUCGAGUUGCCUUAAAAACCCAGGGGUGCCUGGCAGUGGCUGACAGCCAUGGUGACAGGUCAGGCCAGAGCCCGUCCUGUGCCAGCCCUCCUGCUCACAAUCUGGGGAUCUGCAUUUGCACCCGGCUCACGCAAGGCUGGCCACACUGUGUGAGAUCGGUGCGGUGGGCCUGGGUCACCUCUGCAAUGGGGGUGCUUUGGGUGGGCCCACACCGUGCCCUCAUGGCUCUGCCCCCCAUGUGAACUCAUUUGGUCAUUCCCUCCCUCUCUGUCUGGUCAGCACCUGGUCUGGAGGACACCUAAGAGCAGUGUACCUUGACAUGGGAGAGUUUGCAGUGGGAUUUGAGCAUUUAAAUAGGUACGCGGCAGGAACUGGCCGGUCUCGGAGAAAAUGGAAGUGAGUCACAACGUAACAGUGAGUUGGGCUCUGCAGUCAGGUUGGCCUCCGAGCUUGGGGCCUGUGACCCUGGUUAGAAGGGUUAAGGGCCCUUAGGUGAGGACUUCGCAGAGCGCUGUGCUGGGCCAGGCCCACCUGGGCCUCCUCUUCCCAGCACCUCUCAGGGUCCCUUCAGAAUCACACUGCUGACUUUGCCCCAAACACAAGUGUCUGAGGAGGGUGAACCUCACAGGCCUGACCCCUUUACCUGAACAUGGCUUGGGGUGACCACGCAUGUGCUCGUGGGACUGCAUAGACUGCCUUUGAGUAAUCUGUGCUGGCACUUUCUUGCUGAGUCACAGAAGUGAAUAGUUGCUGAGGGUUUGGAACGUGUGAGGGGUGAUUUAGAAUGACUGUGAGCACACCUGGUCUGGCGUGCUCCUGAGAUUGGAGCUCUGAUGCACGCAGUGGGGCUGUGUCUGAAUGGUCUAGACUUAAGUGAAUGGGAGGCUCCCCUCGUGUUCUUGUUCUUCUGUCUUGAUUACCAUCAGGUAUAAUUCAGGACAGUGAACUGAACAGACGCCAGCGCGCAGUUCCCUGAAUUCUGACAGCGCACACGCUGGGGAGCCCUGUGUUCUCAGCGGGCCCACGUCCGCCUGACCUGGUCUCUGCAGGCGCUCUGCUGUUCCACAGCUUCAGUCUGCUAGCCUCUUCCAUGGGUCAUGAAACGGAGUCCUAUGGACACGAUGUUUGCCCGAGGGUUAAAGAGAAAGUGCCCGGACUGCGAUGAGGACGGGGAGGGCGUCCCCGCUGCGCCCUCCUACAGCCUGCAGCGGCAGUCGCUCCUGGACAUGUCCCUGGUCAAGCUGCAGCUGUGCCACAUGCUGGUUGAGCCCAAUCUCUGCCGCUCGGUCCUCAUAGCCAACACGGUCCGGCAGAUUCAAGAGGAGAUGACCCAGGAUGGGAUGUGGCGGGUGCCGGCACCCCAGACUGCGGGGCGGGGGCCGCUGGACCGCCUCGUCUCCACCGAGAUCCUCUGUCGCACCACGUGGGAGCAGCCCGGGGAGCACCCUGCUCUCGACUCCGCCGGUGGCCCCACUCCAGACCUGGGCUCGGAACUGUCUGUGGCCCCGGGUGCGCAGGCCCCGCGGAGCGCGCAGAGCUGCAUGUGGGAAGCGGACAGCCCCCGGGAAAACAAAGGGAGCUUUCAGAAGUCGCUGGAUCAGAUAUUUGAAACACUGGAGAGUAAAGCCCCCAGCUCGGUGGAAGGGCUGUUUGCGGACGUGGACAGCCCCUACUACGACCUGGACGCCAUGCUGACGGGAAUGGUGGGCGGCAAGUCGGUUCCGGGGGACGGGUUCGAGACCUUGGCUUCCGGGGGCGCCCCGCCCCCCAGCGCCAGCUGCAAGCGGGACCUGGGCGAGCUGGAUCACGUGGUGGAGAUCUUGGUCGAGACCUGAGGCUGCCCUGCCCUUGAUUGUCAGGUCACAGACACCCCCAGAGCACCAACCUACCACGGAGUCAGCCCUGCUUUGUCGUGAUUACAAGGAAGUCCCGGACCAGGGCCCAGUCUGCCCGCUGCUCUCCCCCCUCCCCCAGGGGCUGAACAGUUUCCUGCAGGUUGGUCACCCUGGACCUGCCUCAGGUGCCACCAGCCCCGGGCCUUCCUCCACUCUGAGUCCCAACACAGCUCCGUGGAGGACACGGCUGCCAGCUGCAUCAGCCUCGUUUAACUUCAAAUAGGUGAAUUUUUAAAAAUUAAGUUUUAUGUGUUUUGGGCAAUAUUUUGGCUUAAGAUAUAUUUUGUAAACUUUUUGUACUUUUAUCUCUUUAGAUUUUUUCAGCUAUUUUCUUAAAAGUAUAUUUUUUCUAUAAACAUCCUCUGCUGCUAAUUAGAAACUUUUAUAACCUCACACUUGCAGUUGGUGUGUUUAAUUUUUUAAGGUUUGUUCUUUCUUACGAGUGUCACUCCCCAAGUCAGCAGUGCACACAUGCCUUGACUUCUCACUAUAAACUUAUGUGGAACUGUCUCCAUGUGCUGUCACGGUUAGAAGCCACUGAAGGGGGACCCUUUUGUUCUGGAGUCGUGACCAGGUCUGCUGAGGGGGCCUGGCCGACCUUCAAGAUUCGUUAGGAUAAGUGUAGAUUUUGUUCUUUGUUAGAAUAAGAGUAGAUUUUGUAGGGUUUAAUUUAUGGCUAUUUAUGUAUAAAUGUCAUUGGGGCGAAGGUCAGGUACCUUUCUGGCCCUAGUGGAUCUUCAGACACCUAAGGAGUUUCUGGUGGCCCCUGAGGGCCUGGAUCUGGGCCCCACAUGCCUCUAAAUGGCCUGGCUGUGGGGCCCUGGUGUGGAGUUGUGUGCUCAGAUCUGCCCACGCCUGCUCUAGUAAAUGUGCUGGGACCAACUGUUAAGGUUAAAUUUAAGUCUGCAAUUAAAACAAAUGUGGACAUGUGUCAUUUGUGGCCCCUGAUCUAAGGGUAAUUGACGGUGGGGUUGGGGUUACGCCUGCCCGGUGUCCCUGCGUGGGGGUUACGCCUGCCCGGUGUCCCUGCGUGGACAUCCACCACCCACAUUGCAGCCUUUUCUCUGGCUUACAAGGGAGCCUGCUCUCCCCACAUGGUUCCUGCUUAUGCUUCUCUCCCUUCCCUGCCCUUUGCCACAAAGGUUUGUUUCUUUUGGGCACAUGAUGGUGCUUCAGUGUCCUGGAUGUGCACCUCACUUUAUUAAAAUUGUUCCACCAGACAGGGAGAGUGCUGAUUUUCCACUAUGUCACUCCUUGGUGGGUCUUUUUCCUGGUCCAGUUCAGGUGCCUGGUGGAGAUGGGGAAGGAAUUGCACCUGGAUAUGUUAGGUGGGCAGUGGGACCCUGGGGCCUGAGGAAGAGAGGCAUCCCUGGAGUUGUCCCUGGGAGGAGCCAGUCACAGGCUGGAUGUUGGUCCUGGCAGGGGCCGGGAAGUGACUACAGGGGACAGCAGGGUGGGGUGGCCCUCAGCCACCAUGAUUGCUCCCUUCAGGUUUUGAAAUGUUUCCUUCUGGUGGAAAGUAGUUUAAAGUGGAUGUGUCUUAGAAGCAAUAAACUUAAAUCAGUAA